AUGGGAACAAAACUGGCACAUUUCAAGGAUUAUGUGGGCUGGCCCUUGGAACCUGAACUCGAAAUUUCCCUCAAGAAGGUUCUGGCAAUCAUUCUACAUGGGUUGGGAUUCGAUGUCAAACUUUCAUCCAUCAAAGAUAUUGACCAAUUUCCGUAUGUAGAUUCAAGGGUAGAAGCCAGCUACACUCCGCGUAAACUCGCCGACCCAGAUAUCUCUGAGCAGACUAUCUCCGUGGGCCUAAACAUCUGCCAAAAACUCGUGUUGGGGAAGAAGUCACAAUCGUUUGAGCCUGCUAUUACAGAUGCCGAGGUUACCAAGUUCAUACCUACCGGGUCCCAAACUCAUCUGGCAUUUCACAACUAUAAUAUCUGGGACUUACAGUACUCGUUUCUCGCGUGUUCCAGGAAUGACUAUUUGGACACGGCCCUUUUGCGGUACAUUGUUGCACGCCUGUUGAACGCUGAUAAAUCUGUACAAAUGGCACUUAGUUGUCUCAAUUGGCGAAAAAAUGUCCACCCAGUGGAACUGUAUCUCUGGGAUGGCGAUGCGGUGCCGGUGUUGGCAGAUCCCAAGUCUCCACUAGGCGCCACCUUUAGGCUCAACAAGAUUUACAUCCGAGGCUACGAUGUAUUUGGUAGGCCACUCAUAGUUGUUAAGGUCGCAAAACACUUUCGGCAUGAUUGUUCUGAUGCCGACUUCGAGAGGAUUAUCUGUUUGCUCAUCGAAUGGGCCCGUCUUGGGUUCAGAGAAAGUCACGGUGUUAAUAAGGGUAGUAUUUUGUUUGACAUGACGGGCUUUUCAUUGGCAAAUGUUGAUUUGCAUGCGGUUCGUUUCUUAACGGCAGCGUUUGAAGCCAACUAUCCGGAGUAUUUGGGAGCAGUUUUGAUCCACAAAGCUCCUUGGAUCUUUUCCACCGUGUGGAAGAUCAUCAAAGGGUGGGUUGACCCGUUGGUGGCCACCAAAAUUCAUUUCACCAAUACUUAUGAACAAUUGACAAUGUUCAUAAAUGACAAACAUAUUCCUGAACUGUUGGGAGGGACUGAUAGGUAUCGGCCCGAGUACGUAGAGCCUACUAAAGAGAACUCACUUCCAAAACCGGUGGACACUCAAUACGAAGAAUAUCUUGAAGAGUACUUUGCAUGUCUCUUGCUGUGGGUAGAGUCGACGGCCAAUUGGAUCACCGCUGAAACUAGACAGGAAUCUCAAGAUCAUCUUGUACAAAGGCUUGAACUCCAAAAGCGGGUGGCCAGAUUGUAUACUGAAUUGGAUCCGUAUAUACGGGCCAGAGGAGUGUUUGACAGAUGUAACGAGAUGACGAAAAUUGGGUUAUAAUUUAAUAACAGGACACCAGAACCAUCACAGGACAAUUUUACGGGUCACCCCAAGUAAAAGUAUGUGUCGGUUUAUAUGAUUUGUAUAGCCUUUCUAAAACUACUCCGGAUCUACACUUCUUAAACACUCUGUAUUCACAUCAAAUAAAACCAUAUAUAACUGUAUAAAACCAAACAUAUCGCAUUGCAUCAAUUCAGAUCAAAAGAACCAAACCCUAUCAACUCAAGGCCAUGAUUGCUACUUGAUUUACAAGUGCUUUUUAGUAUCACUAAGUUCCUCGUGGUGCUUACCCUUGGACUCCUUGUGAAAUUUGAUCUUGGUAAAUUUGUCUUUGCCUUCACUACAACCUUUCUUUGGGAUCAUCUCUCCACCCUUGUGGUGGAAUGGCUUAUCAGGCUUUGGCAUCAAGAACCAUAAGUAACUCAGAAAGAAACCUUCUUCUUUGACAUCAUGUUCAUUGUGUUCAUCGUGUUCGUCGUGUUCGUCGUGUUCGUCGUGAUGCAUAUUUCUGAAAUGUUUGCCCAUUUCUUCCAAUGGGGGUAUUUCUUCUUGAUGGAGGGACAAGGAGCGAAAUAUCUUGUUAUCUACGUUGAGUUCAUCUUGAAUCUGGUAUAAGGCCUUCUUGGCUUCCCAGAAUUGAUCACUCUUCCAGAAGGGGAUAUGUGCAGCAUCAGCAGCAUUCCUGGCUUCCGUGACAGCCUUCCUGGCUUCCUUGACAGCCAUCCUGGUUUCCCUAGCAGCCGUCUUGGCUUCCCAAUACGCAUUGUUGUCUUCGAGCUUCGAACCUAAUUCUUCAAAGUGCUUGUCGACCACCUCGGCCAAAGCCUUCUUAGCGUUCCAGUAUUCUUCAGUCUUCCGGUAAUCAAUUCCUUUGGCUUCAGCGGCUUCGACAGUUUUCUUGACAGCAUCUCUGGCUUUCCUGAAACUUUCGAAGUUAAUAGCACCCUUGAGGUGCAUGUCAUCACUGUGACCUUCUCCAUGGUGAGGCUUCCAAUUCUUGUGUUCCCAGUCCAUAUGUCCUACAGGAGGUGAUCCUACUGGGUGGAAUCCGUCUUGGUGAGAUCCUUCUGGGUGUCUGGGUGGGAAACCUUCUGGGUGGAAACCUUCUGGGUGGAAUCCUUCUGGGUGGAAUCCUUCUGGGUGGAAUCCUUCUGGGUGGAAUCCUUCUGGGUGGAAUCCUUCGCCCCGGAAGUGUUCACGUGGAGGCAUUCCUCUCAUUUGGUAGGCUUCCAUCAACCCCUGGUUCUUACCGUAGUUGUAAGAGCCAAAGGCUGUAAGACCAAUAAUCAACAAGGCCAUAAACUUGAAACCAGCUAACAUUCUCUUUCUAUCCUUGAAUCUUCUGUCCUUGUGGCCACGCAUACGAGGGCCUUCUUCACAGUGAUCAAAAAAAUGUUCACGUUCAUAGUGAGGUGGGAGAGGAGUUUCCAUGCUCACAGGGGUAGCUGGUUCUUCACUUGAAUCAGUGUGUGGUGUCUUUUCCAUAUCUUGGUUCAUAGUUAUCUAUGUAGAAAAAUACAAGUGAGGCAUAAAAAGGAUAUUUAUGAAGGCACAGUUGUGCGACUGCGUCAGUUGUUGAGUGCGUGUACCAAACACAUCAAGGCUAUGGUCCAGAUACACAUUGAUAGAAUUGGCACAAUUGGUGUGUGUUUUCCAUUACCAGCAUGGAUGUGAACUCCCGCCAUCUAGUUCCGACCCAUAACACCAUACAACAACCUUCUUUUCCAUUAGUGUACCAGUCUGUCACUUCUACCCUUCUCUGGACUCCCUCACUCUUUUUGCUGGUGUUGCACAGCCAUAAGCCUACUUGAAGAUAUCCCAGCCAAUAAACAGCGAGGGCUUGGGAAUUUCGUCGAACGUGUAGUCCAUGCCUUGCAAAUAUAAUACCUAGUGGUACUCUUAGAACAGUUUGGCGUGCGAAAUUUCCUUGCCAUUUCGCUGAGAUCUCGAGCUCCAGAUCUGAGAACCAUUCACAAGGUGAUAAACCGAGUAUACCAGAAAAGUUAAACACACAGACCACGAGAGUUUCAGUGGUAGCUACUGCUUGAAUAUCGUGGUACCUCUACACGUCAUACAUUUGUUGGCUUCAGGGUUACUCAUUCUAUACGUGGGGAAGACGUUAUCUAAGCCAUACAUCUGAUAACUGCAUUCGAGGAUCGGCGAUUCGCAACCGUUUUACUCCCAAUAAUAUGCACAAAUUAAUAGUGUAGAUCAUGGCCCCGAACGAUUUGCCAACCGACUGGUGAAUGCAGUACGCUGGAUAAUGGAUACGUUUUAUCUAACGUACGGACGCGGCAUCCUCGCAUAAGCGAGAAUAUGCUCACGUGACCAUGUCCGUUUCUUGGGGUAUAUGGUCACAUUUUUAUUCGGCUGAUGUAAAAGAAUAGAAGAGAUAUUAAGUGUAAA